UGCCAUAAAUUAAUGAAUCCUCCAACACUGGAGGUUUUUAAGAAGAUAUUGGACAAAUAUUUGUCCAAUGUCUUGUUUCCUGCCUGAGCAGGGGGUUGGACUUCCAUGGUUCCUCCCACCUCAACUGCAUGAAUUUAGCAGAACAAUCCAUUGGCCCAUUAACUCAGUACAGUAUUGAGUUAAUAUUGAUUAUAUAAGUGUUUUCUGGCAAUUCUGGUAGAUGCAUUGUAGGGACUUCCCACAUCAGAAAUACUAGGACAAAAUUUGCUUUAUUUGAUAUGCCAAAUCCUUACUACUACUUACUCUACUUUGCUGGCUGCUGCAUAGCCUGACCCCAGCAUUAUAUCAGACCUCGCAUAUAUUUAUUUUUAUAGAGCCUUAUUAGCACUCCUACGCAAACAGGAGUAACUGCAACUUUCCUCGAGUCACAGGCAACUAGAUGCACAGGGGAUUACUUCUAGGAGUUUCUUUUGGGCUGAAAUGCCACUCGUCUGAUCUUUCGGGCCGUGCACGCCAGCUAAAGUUCCAAAUCAAAACGGGAGGGAGAAAAUAAACCGGAUCUCCCGAUUCCGAAAGUCCGCAAGAACAUGACUGAAAAAUUAAAGGAUUGCUUGGGAGAAAUGGUAACAAUCAAGACAGAACCAUGUUCUCCAUGCCAGGAAGAAGAAUACGGACAAUUUGGCUCUCAAAAGUUUGACUCUCACUCUAUGGAUGUGGAGCCUAAAAAGCUAAAAGGAAAGCAGGAGUUGGUUAUGUCCAAAAGUUUUCAGCAGGUGGAUUUCUGGUUUUGUGAGUCGUGCCAGGAGUACUUUGUAGAUGAAUGUCCAAAUCAUGGCCCACCAAUGUUUGUGUCUGAUGCUCCAGUACCCAUUGGCAUCCCUGAACGAGCUGUGCUCACUAUCCCUCCUGGUAUGGAAGUGAUCAAAGAGCCAAAUGGGGAACGAGAUGUGCGCUGCGUAAAUGACGUUAUCCCCAAAGGUCGCAUCUUUGGACCAUAUGAAGGGAAGCUGUCUAGUCAGGACAAGUCAGCAGGAUUUUUCUCUUGGCUGAUCAUUGAUAAGAACAACCACUAUAAAUCCAUAGAUGGAACAGAUGAGACUACAUCAAACUGGAUGAGGUAUGUGGCCAUAUCUCGAGAAGAGAGAGAGCAGAAUCUAAUGGCAUUUCAGCACAGCGAGAGGAUUUAUUUUCGGACUUGUCGGGACAUCCGGCCAGGGGAGAGACUGAGGGUCUGGUAUAGUGAAGAUUACAUGAAGCGGCUGCACAGUAUGUCUCAGGAGACCAUCAACCGAAACCUCACAAGAGGGGACAGAAGAUUACUAAGAGAAAAGACAGAAAGAAUUAUAGAAAGCCAAGAAGAUGUGAUCUACCCUCUUGAGCUCACUACAUCAAAACCAGGGAAAAGUUCCUACAAACGUAGCUUUGAAGAAGGGAUAUCUCAACCCCAAACCAAGAAAAAGAAAAUAGACCUCAUCUUCAAAGAUGUCCUAGAGGCUUCUCUGGAAUCAACUAAGGUAGAAGAUCAUAAGUUCACCAAAAAUUCUACCCCUUCCACUCGAAAAUCCUUGAGAUUCCAAAUUCAAGAUGUCUCAGAAACUUGUGGGACUAGUGUUCAAGAUAGUUCUUCUAAUCACAGUAGACACAGAAAUGAGAGUGAGUGGAAGGUCCCUCACGGUUCUCACUUUACCACAUCCAAAGAAAUUGGCUUGCUGGAAGAGGAAGGUGAAGAACCUUUGUCAUUUAAAGUGAAUAGCCCCACUGAUCUGUCUCUGGUGUCAAGUCAAGAUGAUGCUCUCGAACUCCCAACAACUUCCUUGUGUCCCAACUGCAUACGGCUGAAAAAAAAGAUUCGGGAAUUGCAGGCUGAGCUAAAUCUGCUAAGAUCUGGCAAGUUAGCUGAGCCAUCUCUACUACCUCCUCAGGUACCUGAGUAUCAAGCAUUUUCAUAUCCCACUGCUUCAGAAAGCAUCAUGUCUGUUCCUACCAUAAUGGAAGAUGAUGAUCAGGAAGUAGAUUCAGCAGAUGAAUCUGUUUCAAAUGACAUAAUAACAGCCACAGAUGAGCCUUCCAAGAUGUCUGCUGUCACCAGAAGGAUCCGGCGCUUCAAGCAAGAGUGGCUAAAAAAGUUCUGGUUUCUGCGGUACUCUCCUACGUUGAAUGAAAUGUGGUGUCAUGUCUGUCGGCAGUAUACAGUGCAGUCUUCUCGAACUUCAGCCUUCAUCAUUGGCUCAAAGCAAUUCAAGAUCCACACUAUAAAACUUCAUAGCCAGAGUAAUCUCCACAAGAAGUGCCUGCAGCUCUACCGGCUCAGGAUGCACCCAGAAAAGACAGAAGAGAUGUGUCGAAAUAUGACUUUAUUGUUUAAUACAGCCUAUCAUUUAGCUAUGGAAGGCCGGCCAUAUUGUGACUUUAGACCUCUUGCAGAACUACUGAGAAAGUGCGAACUCAAAGUGGUGGAUCAGUAUAUGAAUGAGGGAGACUGUCAAAUCUUAAUCCAUCAUAUUGCUAGAGCUCUUAGAGAAGAUCUCAUUGAACGGGUGAGGCAAUCUCCUUUCCUCAGCAUCAUUUUAGAUGGGCAGAGUGAUGAUUUACUUGCUGACACCGUUGCAGUUUAUGUACAGUACGUCAGCAGUGACGGACCUCCUGCCACUGAAUUCCUUUCUCUCCAAGAACUGGGAUUUUCUACAACGGAUAGUUAUGUUCAAGCGUUAGAUCGGGCUUUUUCAUCUCUGGGAAUGAGGCUGCAAGAUGAAAAGCCAAGUGUUGGUUUGGGGAUAGAUGGUGCUAACAUUACUGCCAGUCUAAGAGCAAACAUAUACAUGACAAUCAGGAAAACUCUGCCUUGGUUGCUCUGCUUACCUCUAAUGGUACACAAGCCACACUUGGAAAUAUUGGAUGCAAUUAGUGGGAAAGAACUACCCUGCCUUGAGGAACUAGAGAACAACCUGAAGCAGUUACUCAGCUUUUACCGUUACUCUCCCAGGCUGAUGUGUGAGCUAAGGGUCACUGCUGCUACUCUCUGUGAAGAGACUGAGUUCUUGGGAGAUAUUCGCGCAAUCAAAUGGAUCAUUGGGGAACAAAAUGUCCUCAAUGCUCUCAUCAAGGACUACCUGGAAGUAGUGGCUCAUCUGAAAGAUGUCAGUGGCCAAACACAAAGAGCAGAUGCUUCUGCUAUUGCCUUGGCUCUUUUGCAAUUCCUUAUGGACUAUCAAUCCAUUAAGUUGAUAUAUUUUUUGCUUGAUGUCAUUGCAGUCCUUUCACGACUUGCCUUCAUUUUUCAAGGUGAAUACCUCCUUAUAUCCCAAGUAGAUGAUAAAAUAGAGGAGGCCAUCCAAGAAAUUAGCAGACUGGUGGACUCUCCUGGGGAAUAUCUACAGGAAUUUGAGGAGAAUUUCCGUGAAAGCUUUAAUGGUGUUGCUGUGAAAAACCUACGGGUGGCUGAAGCCAAAUUCCAGUCAAUUCGAGAAAAAAUAUGCCAGAAGACCCAAGUGAUUCUGGCUCAAAGAUUUGAACCUCGCAGUCGAGCAUUUGUGAAAGCAUGCCAGGUUUUUGAUCUUGCAGCUUGGCCCAGAAGUGCAGAAGAGCUUAUGAGCUAUGGCAGGGAAGACAUGAUGCAAAUAUUUGAACAUCUGGAGGCAGUGCCUUCUUUUUGCACAGAAAUCAGCAGAGAAGGCAUAGAUACCAGAGGGAGUUUGCUCAUGGAAUGGCGAGAACUCAAGGUGGAUUAUUAUACCAAAAAUGGCUUUAAAGAUUUAAUCAGUCAUAUUUGUAAAUACAGACAGAGAUUUCCUCUUUUAAAUAAAAUAAUCCAGAUCCUCAAAGUCCUUCCCACUUCCACAGCAUGCUGCGAAAAGGGAAGAAAUGCUCUUCAGAGAGUGCGCAAAAACAAUCGUUCCCGACUUACUCUGGAACAACUCAGCGAUCUUUUGACAAUUGCUGUAAAUGGACCACCUAUUGCCAAUUUUGAAGCCAAACGGGCACUAGACAGUUGGUUUGAGGAGAAGUCUAGCAAUAGUUAUGCACUGUCUGCAGAAAUGUUAAGCAGGAUGUCCACCCUGGAUCAGAAACCUGUGCUGCAAAGCAUGGACCAUGGAUCAGAAUUUUAUCCUGAUAUUUAACAAGGAAUGCCUCUUGUUUAGAGAACUGGUGAUUUUUUUUUUAAUCAAUAUUCUAAGCUUUGGUAUAUUACACAUACACUCCCACACAAACACAUACGCACACACACAGAUGCACCUGUAUGACGUAAAUUCACACUGAAAAUGUAAGCUGAUCUGAUGGAAGCUAAGAGGAACACAGCAACAUUUACUAUGUACUGACAUCUUCAACUGUGGCAGCUGCAAUGUAGGUGGCAACCUUUCAUUUUUCAGAAACACGUACUGGGGCCAUAGUCUGCAUUAUCAACCUGACUCAAUUUAUAAGCUAGACAUGGCAGGCCAAUGUCAUCCUACGUCUCUCUAUGCUUUUAUGUCUAAUGUCUGUUUUUUUACCUCUCUGAUAUUUUCCUAUUGUCAGUCAGCAAUUGAGCCAUUUAGCCCUUUGCUUAUCAUCAUUGGGAUUUCUGAGCCCUGUGCACAUAGAUCAUGGAAUUUGUUUCUAGCUUCUCAAGAUCAUAUAGGUUAGACUGGAUCCCUCUGGUAAUCUGGUUAAUUUUCAUGCUAGUGUCAAUUAGCCAGAAUAAUUUUUCUUAGCAUGAUAACAUCAGUCGGCAAUUCCGGUGUUAGGCAAACGUCCUGUGAAAACUCUACUAACAAGUUCAUAUAUCUUCUUACAAUAUUGAUAGCAUGUUCCUGUGAAAAUAGCAUAAUUCAGAUUAGGGAAAUGGGGUGGGUGGGGUGUUUUUGCAUUUAUAUUUUUAUAUAGCGGGAAUAAGGAAAUUAAUUAAAACUCUUUACUGAAAACCCAGGCUGCUGUGGAAAGCUAGAUAGCCAAUGAGUCAAAUUCUUUAAGAGGAUAUAGACUCCAGGGCUUAAAAAUACACAUAUGCUAAUUUUAUGUUAUUUAUACUUGGUCUUUAUAAUCAUAAAUUGAUUGUGUUUUCUGUUUGUUUGUUCGUUUGUUUUUAAUAAGUGAAAGAAAUACCUGCUAACUUUAUGUGCAGGAUAUGUCAAUGCAAAAUUCAUCUUUAUUGCUUAACAAUUAUCAAAGUCCUUUUCCUGGUUCACAUAUCCUUCUUUUACUAACAUUUAAAGUUCCAUUGUGUGGCUAAAAGAAAAACAGAGUAUUGUGCAUAUACCUGUGAACUUCUUUCAAAGAGCGCAUCGUGUAAUAGACAUGUGGACUAUGAGAUUUGAAGCUAAAAUAAUACAUGCAUUCUGAAGAACUUUUUUUAGCUUAAUAAAAAAGGUUUGUUUAGGAUAAACAAGUCUAAAUAAACAGAGAGCCUCCACAUCUGUUUGUGCCAUACCCUUCUGAUAUAUCAUAAAGCAGUGUUGGGAAGUUUUGACUGUAUUAGAUGAUCACAGAAGUAAAAAUAUAAUUUUGGCUGCAGGAUCUACUAGGGUAGCAUGUUUCCAGAGGGACUAAACUCAUGCCAGUUUGCAUUUUUUUCCUUUUAAAUACAGUAAAAUGAUGUCAGUUACACUGAACCUAUCCAUUUUCCUUCCCUCCAUUCCCAUUUUCUCCAUCUUCUUCCGGUUAGUCUUGGUGCUAAAUUUCUCUGGAAUCGUUGCUGCUAAGUAGGUAGUUUUUCAUUUAUAUAACAAUAUAUUGCGUUAUUUUUAAACAAUAUGUUUUCAGUGAUAAUGUAGCAUGUGGUUAAAACAGUCUCUCUCAGGAUAUAUCUACACCGGCAUCUUUUCCAGUAUCAUUUUUGUUUCUUCAAUUUUAAUUUUGUCUUUUGAUACUCAUUGUUCCAGUAAUCAUCCUGGCUUAGUUUUUAUAAGUAUGUUAUCGUUAUGUGCAAGAUUUUAAGCUUUUUUUAAAAAAAUAAUAAUAAUGUUGACAUAGACUAUCAAAGAAGAGGGCACCAUGCCUCCACGCCACCUCCUAGGAUUUGCAAAUCAGCUGGAGUUUUCAGGAAAACUUGUCCAGGCCAUUCCUGGGCAGAAAGGGAAAAAUAUCUGAGGUCUUUAUAACAAUGCACAAGAUUAGUAUAAGAAGACUUUUUAAAAAAUAAAUAAGGAGAUAAAGGAGGAGCGGGAUGGGAAGUAGAGAUUGGGGUUUGGAAUGGAACAAUCCUUUGUCCAAUCUAAUUGCAAAAAAGUUGCCCCUUUGCUAAGAUGGUUACCAACCUCAGUCUGGGAGGAAGAAACAGGAAGUGAACAACUAUUGACUCAAUCACAGACAGGAAAAGGCAUAGAGUUGAACAGAUGGAUUUCUAACCUUAGUCACUGCCACUGCCGAAGGCUCAUGCUCUGCCUUCUCAUUCUAUGCCCUCUUUCUUUCUGCAUAACAGUGGAGCACAUAAAUUUGCCCUCAAUCAUUGGUAACUUUGCAGAUGACAUUUUAUAUUGGACUUCAGCAGUUCCCUUUCUCCAAUGUUAUGUAUUGGGUGAUAACAAAUACUGAAAUUGAUAAAAUGAUGAAAUAUCAAAGCCAUGGGGCUUUGACCAUUUGAUUGUAUUUAUAAACAUUAGGCAUAUCAAUGGAGCUACAACAAUAGAUAUAAUUUUUCUAAACAUUGGGGCAACUCUUGCGGUUCAGAAAGCAUUACUAUGACCAAAAGCGCUUAUAUGUAUAAGAGAAAAGCCUUGUAGACCAUGCUUCAUAACAUUAAGAAAACAAUUCACCCUGAUUGUCCCAAAGAUGCUUUCCAAAAGGUAUUUGGACUUUCUUAGUUUUUUAAUUGAAAAUGUUUCACUUUUUUUUUUAUUUGCAUUUAUAUCCCGCCCUUCUCCGAAGACUCAGGGCGGCUUACACUAUGUUAAGCAAUAGUCUUCAUCCAUUUGUAUAUUAUAUACAAAGUCAACUUAUUGCCCCCAACAAUCUGGGUCCUCAUUUUACCUACCUUAUAAAGGAUGGAAGGCUGAGUCAACCUUGGGCCUGGUGGGACUUGAACCUGCAGUAAUUGCAAGCAGCUGCUGUUAAUAACAGACUGCAUUAGUCUGUUGAGCCACCAGAGGCCACUUCUUGGAUGAGAAGUGAAAUAUUUUCAAGGAGAAAAGUAAGGAAGUCCAGUUGUCUCUUGAAAAAGCACUUUUGGAACAACCGUGACUUGGAUGAAUGAGAAUCUCCAAAGAUAUUCACCCUGGUAUCUUCAAUUAUAUUUACUCCAAUUGCUGCUUAUUGAAACAAGACGCCUCUUGAUUGUCUUGAUUUUUACUUUUCCUGUUGUCAAAAGUUUUAGCCUCUGGCCCAUUUACCCCAUUCUCUUGAUUAAAGAAUCUUUUGAUGCUGAUUUUUGAAAGAAUUCGUAUAAGAUAACCUUUCAAGCAAGUGAACUAUGUUGAUAAUUUCCAGGAUUUAGAAGAGAAUUUGUGCUUUGCAGCACUUCUUCCCUUUGUGUGCCUGUGUUAUAACAGCAUGAAUAUAUUAAAUAUAGUAAAUCCAACCUAUGAUUUACAUUAGAUGCAGAAAAUUUCAACGCAGAAAGUAUAAUACAGUCUUUUAAACAUUAAGCUUCCUGUCUUCUAAGGUAGUCAUCCUGAACCAAGAACAUUUUUCUAAAAUAAGGUGCUUCAAAAUUUCCUCUAUGAAAGGCAGUCUACUUUUGUAAUAUCCAUGGGUUCUUUGGGAUAAUUUCCCUUCUGCACUGUAAUUGUUACUUAUCUUGCCUCAUUAAUCAGGAAAGUGAAGAUACCCAUGCUUGUGUUCUGAUUUUUUUUUCACAAUUCAGUUAUCAAAAAAUUGAAUUGUGCAAAAUUCAAUUAUCUCUAGACUAUGUAGAGAAGGUUCUGUGUCUAAAUGGACAGUAAAAUGAGGGUUUGAAAUACUGUCUCAGAGUGCUAAGAAUAAAAAAAAACAUUUAUGUGUGCUUUUUAAAAAAAAUCUUCCCUUGCUAAAAACCAUAGAAAUUUAAAUUUAAAAUUUAGGCUGUGCUGUAACUAAAUCAGAAUAUGAUGCAAACAGCAUUUUAAAAUGAUCUCUUCUUGGCUCCAAUAAAAAAAGAUAAUCAUGCACUUAAUUCUGUCUUUUAAAAUAAAUGAUGCUUGACUUUGGCUGCAUCUUACAGAUGCUUUCUGACACUGCAAUAUUUUAAAGUUACUUCCUGCUCAUAUGUAUUAAUUAAUAUAAUGUGGGGUCAAAAAUGGGGUUGUCUUACUUUUUUCUUUUCGGUCAUACUUUUUAUGCUACAAAAAGGGUUUCCAUAGCUGGGCUCAGGAAUUGUCUAUUUUUCUUAUAUUCAAAGUCCAGGUUCUUAGCAUUUGGAGAAAUUGUAUGCAGUGUUUCUUCUCUGAUGUUGGGUUACUUCUAAAAUGUAAUCCAAAGUAUGACAGCAUCAUUAAACUCCUAUACGCCUGUUGAUAUCAGGUGAAUGAUUGUCAAUUAUUUUGGCUAAUUAAGUGGAUAAAAGAGUUUCCUAAAAUAAAAUAAUGGUUCAGUUGCAAUCAAUUCUAUUUCACUGCCAUCAUAGGUAAGAUUUAGUAGUAUAAAGAUAGAUGAACCAAAAUAAAGGAUUCCUUUUCUGUCAUAUUAAAAUUGAAAGUAUAAUUAUUUGGCAAAUGUUCUGGUGAAGAAGGAUGAUAUAAGGGAUUAUUGAUUUGUAUGGUGGAACAUGAUAUGAUGAAGUAAUAAUCUAUCUUUAACCCUAGCUCAUAGGGGGGAAAUCCUAUUUAGAAUUAUUGGGGAGGUGGGGGAAAGUGGUUUUUCAGUAUUAUCUUUUCAUUCAUGCUCAGUUAUUAUACAAAUGUGCAUGGUCACAUUCUCAAACCAUAAUAGAGGCUGAAAUAAAUGGAAGUGAGAAAAAAGGACACUAGAGGGCAUCCACAGUUAAUAUAUUGGUGCUUGUCUAUUGCAACUGAAGAGCACAAUAAUGCUUUACCUACUGAUUACAAAAACGAUAGUUAAUGUUAUUAAAAAUACUUUUUUUUUGUUUUCUCCCUGUAAUGAGGAGCUAAAGGGAUCAAGCUCAGAAGGAUCUAAUUCUGAAGUCUAAAUAGGUCCAAUAAUCUCUUUCACUCAUUUCAUUUUGUGAGGUCUUAUAUGGCGAAAAAGAUCAGUAUGUGAAGAAACUAUUUUUGAUCUAUUCAGUGCCUGUGAUUAUCUUGACAAGUAGGGUCUGGUUUCAAAUUUUGCAAUUAUCAGCCAACUCAGGCUUUUACAGAUGUGAUUCCAUUGGGCACAAGCAUAUUAAACACACAUUGAUUUGACGCUGAAUCCAACCCGCUGGUAAUAUAUAAAAUCUCCAUGACCAUCAAGCCCAGCACAGCAGUAAUUAUGAAAAUGAAAUUCAGGCCACAAACUUCCUUCCAAUUUUAACAAAAGCACAAUGAAGACGCAUGCAUGGGUGAUGCGAGCUUGUACUCUAAAGAGAGAUGAUUCUGCCGCCCUGAUUUUUGUACUGAAGUGCCUGUUCCUUGCACUUUUUGCUCGUACUGGUUUAUAAAGAACAUUUAUAUAUUGAGACCACAGCACAUAUGUGCCCAUAACAAAGUAUUUCAGGUUAUACAGUAUUUCUACUACUACUGUUUCUGCUAGUAAGUUACUGUCAAACUUGCAUAGCAGAGUGAAAAGGCUCAGUUAGUAUCCUUCCUCAGUUUAAUAAAAUUCCUCUUAAGCACUAGCAAUCUGUUCCAUAGCCAUUGUCUCUCACUCCACUAAAAUCUAUGCAAUUCUUAUCAUCCCUUGCAGGCAAGUAAAAUGUAUAUGCAUGAAACUUGGUAUAUGUCUACGCUACCAAUUUGUGUGAGGUGCAAUCUAGAUAUAUCGGUGGGACUGAGCCUUGAAAAUGCUCUUUUUUUGAGUGGGAAUUCAGCACACUCUUUUCCCUCCUAGAUUGCACUCAUUGGCCAUGCUCCAGAUAGUCAAGCACUUUAACAUUGUUUUGAUCUCAGUGGAAAAUGUAAGAAUAAGUCUUAUAAUUAUUCAGUUCCCCCCACUGAAAUCAAUUAAAUGAAUUAACUUCAAACUUUAGCUAGAUUACGAUGAUACUCUCUAACGGGUCUCCAACCCUGGUCCCUUUAAGAUUUGUGGACUUCAACUCCCAGAGUCCUUCAGCUAGCAAAGCUGGCUGAGGUACUCUGGGAGUUGAAGUCCACAAGUCUUAAAGGAACCAAGGUUGGAGACCCCUGCUCUAUAAGGCUUACUCAUUGUAACAAUCAGUGUAAGAAACAAACCCUCAUGCUUAUAUAUCACUGUAUAAAUAUUCUUUCUCAUUCAUACGCACACGCAUGCAUAUGAAUGAGAAUAGUUUGUGUUUGUGAAAGUAUAUAAAAACAAACUUUAGAGAGAGAAGCAACUGCUCUAUCAUAAAGUGAGGUCCUGAAUUUAUGUGAGGAAUAUAGCACUGAUUAUCACUGUUCUCAGUCUUAGCAUAUCUAUAUUUGUUUAUAGUCUUAUUUUGGGAGGGGGGCUCUUUCUCUUGGGAUAACUAUUGAUUAGAAAGCAUCACUACAGUAUGGUCAGGAAAGGGAAUUUUUUCCUAGCAUAGUUGAUAAUAUGCUAAAAUUCCUAUAACAGUAUCGGGACCAUCUUAUAAUGAAUGAAAAUGAACCUUACCUCUCCUUGUUACAUAGCGUGUACAUACAUAUAUUCUCACUUUGGCAAAUAUAUAUUUGAUUGAUUUGUGCACUUUCCCCUCUGCUUACCUUGACUUAAUGAGUGCAAACUUCAGGUUAUUUCUCCCUGGUCAAUAAAGCAUGAUUGUUCAUUAAAUUUGAAAUAUAAUCCUUGGAUUUAUCAUGCCAAGCCAAAUUCCACUGACUUCAGUGGUACAUGCUCAGGCAACUUAGGACAAGAACACAGCAUUUGCUACCCGAGAACAAGCUAAGGGUAAGAACUGUAUGGAGAAGGGAUAUAGAAUGAAAGGAAAGCUUAAGUAGAAAGGCAGGGAAUAAAUAGAUAAAUAAAGCUCUUGAAUGGAAGGGUGAAUGGGAGCGUGUGUGAGAUGGGCACACGUUAUAUUGAUGAGGCACUGUGCAUUGAGGAAGAGCCACUUUGCUUCCAAAAGAUUAGUUUCUGCACAUAAGGUACACCAGCACAGAAAGAGUUUCACCUUGAACCAAGUGGCAUGGUAGCACUUAGAAGUGGAGGAACAAUUCUCUUUGUAAGAGUGUUUCAUUUAAACUUUGAAGCAAAGAACCUCUUUGGGGCUUUGCGUGGCUCUAUAAAAUAGGCAAAUAUAUUUAGCUGAGGAGUCACGCUGAAGGCCUUCUCAGUACUGGCAAUUGCAUUACUGUUCCUUAGCUACCUACUUCCAUUCUUUUGGGUUAUUUUUCAAAGAGCAGCUAAUUUCUCAAUGUUUAUUGAGCAAACUCAGCUGAUUAUUUAAGUGGUUUUCAGGAUGGUAAGUAGCUAUGGGUCAUCAGACAGAAAGUUCUGUAUCCUGAACACUGUAUUAAUUUAGUAAUGUUGGUUUAAGGCAUUAUGAUUGAACCACUCCAGUAACAUAAUGUUAAUAUGACUCUAUUCUUUUUGGUAUGAAUGGGAAAUAUGGGUGGGCGGGGGGUGUUGGCAAAGGUGUGCCACAGUUUUCUUCAUUGAUGUUUGUGAAACAUAUGCUCAGAACUUUGUGAGCUACAUAUCCGCUUUUCUUUGCUCAAACCUGAACAAAGCCAUUUGGAUUUUUGCAGCUGAAAAUCCAUUUCUGUUGAUAAGGCAGGUAUCCUAAGCAUUACUGAUGUUCAUAGGCUCAGUUGCCACAUUGAAAGAAUGGGGAAAUUUAAGAUUUGACUUCCAAUCAUACUGGCACUAUAUAUUAUCUUAUGCAAGUUUUAUUAGUAGCAUUAUUAGUAUUAUUAUUAUUAGGGGUUGGAAGGGAGAAUGUGGGAAUCAUUUUUUCUCCACCAUGUGACUGCUUGCACUGGCGUUACGCAGCUUUGAUGUUGAGCGAGCUUGUGCUGAACAUAUCUGCUGAUAAAGUUUUGUUACUUUCUUGUACUAUGCCACACAACUCUGGAAACUCACCUCAGUUACAAACCUGGCUGACCUGAAACUCCAGAAGUUUCAGAACUGUAAGCCCCUACAGGAAUGGCUACCUAAAAUCUUUUCCUCAGGACUGAAUCUCAUGGAUAGUUAUGGUAUAUUUUCAUGGCUUUUGGACUUUCUUCCAGCCCAUGUGCUGCCAACAAAGCACCCUCACUCUACACCAAAAUCUCUCAACAUUGCACCUCUUCCCAGCUGGUUCAAGGGAGGUGUAUCACCCAAAUGAUUGAUCCAUUAUGGAAGUGCAACAAGGAAGUCUGCCAGAACUCUCUCAGGCAUUCCCACACAACUCACUUUGCAGAUACAAGGGGGUGCCUCAAACCUCCUCCUAUUUGCCUUUGCCCCUCUUCCCCUCACAGACUUAAUUCCAAACUGUUUGAUCAUGCACAUGUAUAAAUGAGGGGAGGGGGAGAAACAAUCUAGAAACCUAUUACUACGUAUGUAUUAAAAAUGUUAAUAUCACACCUUUUCUGACAAUGUUUAAAAAAUGUUAUUACUUUGCAGACUAUGCUUUAUAGUACCUGUGUGAGAGGGGCUAGGACACUGGAUACGAAUAGAGCUAUGUUGAUAUAUAAUAGUAUGUACACAAGAACCUUCAUUUUGUCAUACAUUAUACUUGUAAUGUAAUAUGAUUAAUUAAAAACACUUCAGUUUAUUAAAGUGAGUCAGUGUACCUUUAUCUGAAGACAUGACUGAAGCUUAUUGCAUAUUAAUUUUUGUUAGUCUUUUAAAGCUAACAAAAUAGUGUUAUUCUUGCUAUUGCAAGCUAGUCAGAAUAGUCAUUGUUUUAUAACUUGUUUGUUAAAUUCUCCAUUAAAAUGGAAACAACGUGCAUUGGAAAGAGACAGCAUCAAUGGGGAUUACCUGUUGUUUGCCCUUGUAAAUCACUGCUUCUCAGUUGUGGUUUCAGUAGAGGCACCUCAGUUCUACUCCUCUGUUCUCUGAAGUACCCAUUUUUAGUCACAGUUUUGCCAUGCCAAAUGUCAAACAUGUUUUUUCAAGCUGUUGCAAUUUGUGAUUUUUGUCUCAUGCUUUCAAUGUUCUUUAUUUUGGGGGAAUUGAACAUAAACAUCAUUUAAGAUUUUGAAGACCAGAUCAAACUUGCCAUACUGGACUGAGGAUGGAGAAGGGAGGAAGAAAACUAUUCUGUUUGGGUGUCUGCCAAUAGUGAAGAAUAGUGUCACAGUGUUAGAGUCCACCCACUCACUAAGAAUGUCACAAGUGACAAAGACUAUACUGACUACUUUCUGAGAAAGCUUUGAGCCCCAGAACCUUCUAGACAUACUCCCUCUCUUCAAGAAUCAGCUGAAGUGUUUUAACAUCACCACAGUUUAGUAAUCUCAUCCCAAAACCUUGACAGAAAUACUAAACUUCCAUGCAUUUUCAGUGUCGUUGCAUUGAUCAUGCAUAAGAAUGAUAUUUGGAAUUAAUAAUAUGUUGUCACCCCAUUCAUAUUAGAUUGACUACAAAUGUUACAGUAAUUAAGUCUAGACAGCCAAGCAAUUCACAAAAAUAAAAUUAGAAUAUAAUCAAAUAACAUCACUCUAGUUAUCAGCACUCCUUAAUGUCAUGCUGGCCAGAUGACCAUGGAUAUGUCUUUGGACAGUGCUAGCUCAAUGGCCUUGAAAUGGAGAUGAGCACUG